CUCUCGCGCCGUCUCGCACGCUCUCGCAUGUGUGUGUGUUCUGACUUGUCUGCUCUCUCCGUCUUGCAUAGGAGCUUGCGUGAUAUUUCUGGAGCUGCGUGGAUCGUGGUACCUGGUGGAUUGUUUAAGCAGAGUCCACCGUGUUCGAAUUCAGUGUGUGUCCCGAGACCUUUCCUUAUUAUCGCAGUUUUGCUACCGUCCCGCAGGGCGUUACCAUUUUAUAUGACUUUAUUACCUACAUGCAGAGGAAGCAGCUAUACUGCAGAAAUUUGCCGCAGCGGUACGAAUUUCCAAGAGUUUGGUCAAACAUAUGGUGCUACCCGGCACAGAGACAACAUUAUCCAGAAGAAAAUCUGGGAGUUUCCACAUAGCCCUAGAGCCAGUUCGUGGCCUAGACUCAAGGUGUAUGAUUUCAUCUAAGCGGCAGGAGCCUAUCAGUUAUAGGACAUCAAAAUUUUCCAGUAAUCGGCAUCGUAAGUUACAACCAUUCAGAGAAACGUGACUAUCUAACAGUAUCAACAGUGCCAGCAUUAGAAUCAACAACGCUGUUUCCUCCAAGUUCUUGUUGCUGUUGUCUCCGUCUUUAUUGUCACCAUCACUGAGAUCAGUUGUGGAUUGCCCACUGUUGCCAAAAUUAUUGCUGUCACCACUGGUAUUACUCCAUCAUUUGAAUCUUUGUCUUCAAAAUGGGGAGUGUGAAUGUGAACCGCAGCGUGAGCGAUGCAUUCUACCGCUACAAGAUGCCUCGCCUCCGUGCCAAGGUUGAGGGCAAGGGUAAUGGCAUCAAGACUGUCAUUGUCAAUAUGAUAGAUGUUGCCAAAGCUAUAGGAAGACCUGCCACAUACCCCACAAAAUACUUUGGCUGUGAACUGGGUGCUCAGACCCAAUUUGACUUCAAGAAUGACCGCUUCAUUGUGAAUGGUUCACAUGAUGCUACAAAGCUGCAGGACUUGCUUGAUGGUUUCAUUCGCAAGUUUGUGUUGUGUCCCGAGUGCGACAAUCCAGAAACCACAUUGACAGUGAGUCAGAAAAAGUCAACCAUCAACCAAGCAUGCAAGGCUUGUGGCUAUCAUGGACCUCUUGAGUUCAACCACAAACUGAACACUUUCAUCAUCAAGAACCCUCCAAAUUUGAAUCCAGCUGCACAGGGAUCAUCUUUAACAGAAGGUAAACGAGGCAAACGCUCAAAGAAGGCAAAUGGUGAGUCUAAUGGAACUAAUGGAACUGAAGAUGGUGGUCGCUCCUCUGAUAAUGACAGCAAUGAACAGGUCGUUGAGGCUCCAGACAGACUGGCAGAUGAGAAUGAUGAGGAUGAUGGAAAGUGGGCGGCAGAAGUAUCAGAGGAAGCUGUUAGAGCUCGCCUGCAAGAGCUCACUGAUGGAGCCAAAGGAAUGACCAUUACUGAUGACCUUGAGAAGACAGAGAAGGAACGCAUGGACUUGCUGUAUGAAUUCAGCAAGAUCAGACGUGAUGCUGGUCAAUUGAUGGAGAAUAAUGCUCACAAGGAGUUGGUUGCUGAGGCUGAGCGCCUGGAGAUCAAGUCCAAAGCACCACUUGUCUUAGCUGAAUUGCUCUUUGAUCAGAACAUUCAUACACAGGUGAAGAAAUACCGCAUCCUGUUUCUGCGUUUCACUCACGAGGAUCCAAAAGCUCAGAAGUACUUGAUUGGCGGUAUUGAGCAGGUGAUUGCUUUGCACAAGGAUGCUCUUCUGCCAAAAGUGCCUGGAAUAUUCAAGAUGUUCUAUGAUGCUGAUAUUCUGGAGGAGAAAGUUCUGCUGGAGUGGGCAGGGAAAGUUAGUAAGAAGUAUGUGAGCCGAGAGUUGAGCCAGGAGAUCCACACCAAGGCAGAGCCUUUCAUCAAGUGGCUUAAAGAGGCAGAAGAGGAAGAUGACACAGAUAGUGAAGAUGAGGAAGAAGAUGAUGAUCUGGAAAUUGAAUAUGAUGACCGUGCUAAAGCAUCUCCAUUGAAAGAACAGCCAAAGCAGAUUGUUAAAACAAAGCCUCUUGUUGAUCAUGAUGAAGAUGGGGAAGAUGACUUGGACAUUGAUGCCAUCUAAGCAUUAGGAACACACACUGCAGCAAGAUUGAUACUUAUAGUUAAAAUACCUAAAAGCAAAACUCAAAGUCAGAUUUACAAUACCUGAUUGAGUCAGUAAUAGUUUUUGCAGGAUGGAAAUGAGAAGACAAUCUAAAAAUUUGAAAUAAGUUUCAUUAUUGAUACUCUUCUUGCUCAGGCAUCGCUUGUUGCUUUUAUAUAUUUGUUUCAUUAUUCCAAGACGAAAGAUUUCAAUUUUUAAGAAUAUUCACCUGAGUGGAACACAGCGCAAUCUAUAUGAAGUGAACAUCAUUGACAGAUUAAUUGUAUCACAUAAUAAGCAUUUCUUCUCAUAUCCUUCUUGCAAUAUGGUGAUAUUUAACUCUUCCAGUUGAUUUCUCUGUUUCAAAAACACUUUUAUUGCAACUUCUUUGGUCAUUUAGUGGAGUCAUCAAAAGAAAAUGCUCACUGUUGGUUCCAUUUCGGUGCCCUGGUACAUUACAGGGUAGAGAUGUGUGCAAAUGAAAGAUGCAAUUCAGAAUUGUCUGGAUUAGAUGGUGUAGAAAAUCAUAUUUUUAGUGUGCAAGGUUUUGAUUUUUAAUGACACUGUAGAUGAAAGAAAAUUGGACAACCUCACAAAUAUGGAACAUGAGAAAAGACUGAUUUUUUUUUGGUUUGCUUGUAAACUGACUUGCAGUAGUAAGAGUUAAAAUUAAGAAAUACAAAAUAAUAGCCAUAAUAAUACCUUCUUACCUAUAUGUUAUAAGAACAUCUCUGAAUUAGAAGUAAAGAGUUUGACUCAAAGGUUUACAGCUAAAGUAUUCAUUGACUGUCAUUUGGGUGUUCAUCAUUAAGCUGAUGUUUCACAGAAUUAAACUUACUGGUGUACCUUUGUGUAUUCAGAAAGUUAAAGCAGGAAAUUGUUUAUAUACUAUACCAAUGGUUUAUCAUUGUAGGAUGAUGUAUUCAUGCAUAGCCCAUAGCUUUUAUAAUUGUUCAAACAAUGAAAAGUUUGUGAAGCUCUGUGAGAAUGGAAAUUCAGCAGUUAUUUCUGGCCAUUAUUUAAGGACAUUAAUGGCCAUAUUUCAUUUCUUGAAAUAUUCCUGUGUCACUAUUGUAAAUGUCUUUUCAGUGCUGUAUAUGUGAGACUGAGGAAUGUUUUUGGAGAAAACCUGAUAUACUCAAAAAAAUACAGACACCUGGAAUUCUUUUCAUGUAAUAUACAUAAAGAGAAUUAAUUGUUGUCUUUUUAGAGUGUGCACAUUUUUAGGUAUGUAUUUAUGGAUCUAAACUGUUUAAAACUUUUUCCAUCAUAAAUAAAGUUGAAUGAAUAUAAACAAUUUUCUGUUAGUGGCUUCAUGUUAUUUCUGGAUGUUACUACCUGUAUAGGAUUACAUCAUUCAGUGGCAGUUACAACCCAGCAGUUGUGGAAGGAAGUUAAAAAACAUUCAUUUCUACAUGCAUUGUCUUUGCUUCAUCCAGUUGGUCGGUCAGUGUUGGUACUUUUUGUCUUUAUUUUAAGGUAUGCAGUUUCAGCAGACCACUGUAAUUCCUUGACGCUUGAUUAUGUAUGAAUAUCAGUUAAAUUACCAAAUAUUUCUAGAGUCUUUAUAUUGAGAGUUGUAUGUUUAAAAUAUGUGAGGAAAUAAGUUGUUCAUGCUUGCAGCUUUCCUUGUUCAUUGUUUGCAUUUCAACAUGUUACGCAUUUUCUGCCAUGCCCAACAAUAUGCCUUAUGCAGACUGUCCACAAAUUUAUAUGGGCUUGCAUUGAUUACAUUGUAACUAUUUUGAAUGUAAAUUUUAAUUGUUACCUUUGAACCUUAUUAAAAUGUUUAGUUAAGCAAGGUGUGUACUUGCAGCUUUAGUGAAUAAAGUUAUUAAAUCUCUAAA